AUGUAUCUAGGAAUUCAUACUUGGAAGAGUUUCAGCCAGUUGGUGACAGAAUGCCCUAUUGGAAUUAUUCCCCCGCCCCCCUGUUUUUGCAUUGAAGUAAUAUAUGUAAUUAAUCUAUGCAAUGUCUUCUUAUGUUUAGGUCUCGGAUGUGGCUUAUUAUACACUGCAACAGUGACCAUUACGUGCCAGUAUUUUGACAGCCGCCGAGGCCUUGCACUUGGCCUGAUUUCAACAGGUUCAAGUGUUGGACUUUUUAUAUAUGCUGCUCUGCAGAAGCUGCUGAUUGAGUUCUAUGGACUGGACGGGUGCCUGCUGAUUGUGGGUGCUUUAGCUUUAAAUAUAUUACCCUGCGGCAGUCUGAUGAGACCCCUCCGGUCCUCCGAUUGCCCUUUGCCUGAGAAAACAGCUCUGGAAAAUGUACCAGACAGAUACUCCAUUUACAACGAAAAAGAAAAGAACCUAGAAGAAAGCAUAAACAUCCUUGAAAAGAGCUACGGAGGCGAGGAGACCUGCAGGAGCACGCUGGCCAAUGGCGACCUGAAGCAGGACAGUCUCCUUCAUCAGAACCCAGCAACCACGGCACACACAAAAGAGACGGAAACCUACAAAAAGAAAGUGGCAGAACAGACAUAUUUUUGCAAACAGCUUGCCAAGCGGAAGUGGCAGUUAUAUAAAAACUACUGUGGAGAAACUGUGGCUCUUUUUAAAAACAAAGUGUUUUCGGCACUCUUCAUCGCUAUCUUUCUUUUCGACGUCGGAGGGUUUCCACCUUCAUUACUUAUGGAAGAUGUAGCAAGGAGUUCAAAUGUGAAAGAAGAAGAGUUUAUCGUGCCUCUUAUUUCCAUUAUUGGCAUUAUGACAGCAGUUGGCAAACUCCUGUUAGGGAUACUGGCUGACUUCAAGUGGAUUAAUACCUUAUAUCUUUACAUAGCUACCUUAAUACUCAUGGGCCUGGCCUUGUGUGCAAUUCCAUUUGCCAAAAGUUAUGUCAUGUUGGCCAUACUUUCUGGGAUCCUAGGGUUUCUUACUGGUAAUUGGUCCAUCUUCCCGUAUGUGACCACAAAGACUGUGGGGAUUGAGAAAUUAGCCCACGCCUAUGGGAUAUUAAUGUUCUUUGCUGGACUUGGAAAUAGCCUUGGACCACCAAUUGUUGGUUGGUUUUAUGACUGGACCCAGACCUAUGACAUUGCAUUUUUUUUCAGUGGCUUCUGCGUCCUGCUGGGAGGAUUUAUUCUGCUGCUGGCAUCCUUGUCCCCCUGGGAGACACGCAAAAAGCAACUCCCCAAGCCAGCUCCAGCAGCCUUUGUGUACAAAGUUGCCUCUAAUGUUUAGAGCAAUAUUGGAAGGAAGUAUGAGACUGUUUUUUCAGAGAAAAAUUACACGGUGGCUGAUGCUGACUGAUUUUUUUAAACAUAUCCUAUUCUCUAUGCAGUCUCUAUCUCCUGAAUUUUUUCCCCCCUCAUUUCUCUUUUCUCAAGAAGCGGGACUAUUCUGUAUUGCUAUGAUUCACGAGUUCUUGACAUUGUAAAAAUUUUGGCCGGCCUCAGAGGACUUUCUGUGUGUAGAGAAAUAAUUUCUCUGCAGACUCCAUUCGUUCCAUUGCAAGGCACCCAGAAGGGGCUCUUCUGUUUUAGACCUGCAGGCGGCAUGAUGAGAUAUGUGUGCUUGCCGCUAUGGACUCUUCUCUACAUUAGAUGAGCUAGUGAAUAGAAGACUUUGAGCCAGUCAAGAAAUGAAAGUAGUUACUAAGACAGGAUUAAGUAUUGCAGUGGAGCAAGCUGAUCAUUUUUUUU